CUUUCUCUUCUUUUUUCGCAUCAUCGUUCAUCAGCCAUGGCUUCCUCGACUCUCUUCAAACUCAAUACACAGACAUUCAAAGCUCUGAACCCAUCUUCCCAUUCGUUAUGUCCUCCAAAAUCCAGAAUUUUCCAUCUUCAUUUCUCUAAAUCACUCUCACAGCAACAACAUUCAAAGCUCAACCACAAAUCCACAACUACUCGUUUCUUCGCUCCUCUCUGUUUCUCUCUUCCUUCACCUUCUUCUCCUCCCAUUUCAAAAGAAGAAGCCAUUCUUCAAGCCAAGACUUGUCUCUCUUCUUGUCUCAUCAAACCCUUACACCCAAAGCUCGCUUCCCCUAAACUCAAGAAGCUCAAACAACCAAGAUUCCGUCUUGAAAUCCCAAUCCUUGACGAUGAUUCUCCUUCCUCUCUCUCUCAGCUCGCUUUUUCGAUCUUCCAUGACUUACCCAUCUCGAGAAGAGGCUCCCCCAAUGUCAAGCUUCUCUUCCUCUGGCCUGACCCUUCUUCCCUCGAUUCCGCCGUUAAAGCUUUCCGGUCUGACUCUAUCAACCACAUUGCCAUGUCUCCGGUUUCAGACGCUGUCAUCAAAGCUCUGAGAUCAGCUGACGUGGCGGUUUUCAUGGCGCCUGAGAGAACGCAGCUGGAAGAUGUGAAGACGGCGAGUGAAGCUUUUUCUUCUAAACCUGUGGUGAUGAUCAAUCCGAGAUGGUUGUUCGAGGAAGAGAAAAGCUUUGGCGAUGAACUCAAUGGCUUUAUUGGUUCCUUUGAAGUGAUAUAUGCGUUCACAGGUUUAGAAGUGAGAGGACUGUUGAGUAAGAGAAAAGGAGUGAUCUUUAAGUGUGUGAGAGAUGGUGUUGUGAGUGGAGAGAGAUGGAACGUUCUUGUUGAAGAAGAGGAAGGCAAUGGAACUUUGAAAGUGGUCUCACAGUUCAAAGCUAGGCCAUCAAUGGAAGAAGUUGAACUUGUUCUGUAUAAUCUGAUGGCUAUGAAUUCGCCUAUCACCAAAUCAGCUAAGUUUCUCAAAGAUUUGGUUUCAAACAUCACUGGGAAAAAGUAAUUUGGGUUAGGAGUCCAAUGUGUAGUAUGUCUUGUUUAGUUUUCACUUUUCCAUGAAUUAAAAGAGUUUCCUGUAAAGAAUCGAUUUUUGCAUAGAGAAGUUGGACCUAAUCAUCAAUCA